AUGGAAUUUGGUGGACCAUCAGGGGAAGAGGAUGAAUGGGUACACUGGGAGGAUCUCAUAGAUGGCCUGCCUGAUCCAAACUCUGACGAGACAGACUCACGGUAUGGAGGACAUAACGGAGGCAUCGACGACGUUCGUAUCUAUUUAGACUCUGUUCUAGAGCAACUGUUCGAGAUGGCGCAACACCACGAGAUUGUGGCAGACCAAUUACCACCAUUGAUGCGUAUUCCUCAACGGACCUCAAUUCUGAGGGGACCAAUGUGGAUACAUUGGGUGUUAACGAAUCCGAAUCCGAGAACGUGUAAGGAGCAAUUCAGAAUGUCAUCCACAACGUUUUGUCGUCUUUGUAACACUCUGAAAAAUAAUCAUCUUCUGAUCUCUAGUCGGUUUGUCAAGAUUACCGAACAAGUGGCUACGUUUUUACUUGUCGUCUGUCAAGGUCACACGAUGAGGGCGGUGGCUGAUAGGUUGCAAAGAUCACUUCAAACAAUUCAUAAAUACAGUCAUCAGACAUGCAAGGCACUUUGCAGGCUCGGGAAGACAGUCAUACAGCCCACGUUAAAAGUAAUGCCUCACCCAUAUGUCUCCAGCAACGGCAAAUUCUAUCCAUGGUUUGGGAACUGCAUUGGUGCAAUUGACGGCACGCAGAUUGACGCUGAGGUUAGGGGUAUGAGCGCCUUGCCAUUCCGUAGUAGGAAGAAAAAACCCACGCAAAAUGUCAUGUGCGUGGUCGACAUGGACCUUUGCUUUACGUAUGUGUAUGCUGGGUGGGAAGGAAGCGCACAUGACUCGCGUAUUUUUUCGGAGUGCAUAAAUGAUCCUGCACUUCGCUUCCCAGCGCCGGCCGACGGUUACUUUUACUUGGUGGAUUUAGGAUACGGCUGUUCUCUGGGGUUCAUGCCACCAUAUCGCAACGAGAGAUAUCAUCUGGCCAGUUUUCGUGGCAGACGUGGUGGUCCCAGGGGUAAGCUCGAAACAUUUAAUUACAGACACUCAUCACUGCGGUCAAUAGUAGAGCGAGCGUUCGGGAUAAUGAAGAGACGGUUUCGUAUCCUGAACAACAUGAACCCGUACGCAACUGACUUCCAGCGACUUAUCAUAGUUGCAUGCUGUUGUAUUCAUAAUUUUAUACGCAAGGAUUGCGGAGAGUCCGAUGAGUUAUUCAAAGAAGCUUUACGCCAAAUGUACGGGGACGAAUGGUACAAUCUGUCACGUUGCGAUCAUUUACCAUUCCUGCAAACCGUGGUACCGGGUCAUCAGCCGAACAGAUCCGCCGAGAGUAAACGGUAUAUGGAGCUUUACCGGGAUGCCAUGUGCGAGAGCAUAUGGAACUCAAUGCACAAGGAUUGA